AUGAGAGUCCUCUCCCUCUUGUCCGCCAUCUGUCUCGUUUCCACUUGCCGAGGCCACAGGAAUUUAUUUGCCAGAAAUAACUACCUGCAGUACCUGCGGUCACAGAACUUCAUGCAGGGAAAACCAAAGUACCAAAAGUUAAACCAAAAUUACUCGGAAGACCUGAACGAGUUUGACAACUAUGAAGAUGACGAAUUGGAUGCGGAAAAUCUGGAGACGACAAGCAAAGAGAGGGUGACAAAGAAGAGUGACACCAACAGUAGGACCAGCAGUAGCACCAACAGUAGGACCAGCAGUAGCACCAACAGUAGCACCAACAGUAGCACCAACAGUAGCACCAACAGUAGCACCAACAGUAGCACCAACAGUAGCACCAACAACAUUCCAAAGGAAUCAACCGUCGACGCUAGAAUAGCAGCUUCUUUUAAGGAUGAGCCAAAUGGCAGUGGAAACAAUUCUUCCCAUGGUCGUGCAAAAUGGAAAGGAAAUAAUAACAUUACCAUUUCGAAUUUAAAAAAUGAAAAACCGGAAAUUGUCGUUAAUUAA